GGCGUGGCACCGUAUCGACCAGUGCCGUAGGAGCCAUAUUCCGUAGACUCAGCACGGCCAGGUGAGCCUUAUAGGCGCGGCGUCACGGGACGGGCUCAUUAUCUGCCCUGAGGCUAUCACGUGAGGUUGCCGGGGCAGCAGUCGCCAGUGCCGCUGCAGGGUCAGGUGACCUGUGACCUCAGCAGAGCGGGUGAAGGUUUGGAUUUAGCUUGGAGCGCUUGAAUGCUAUUUCUUUUUUUAUUGUUCUGCAAGCGGUGAAGAUCGAGUGAGUUGAAAUCGAGAGAGGAGGAGUCUUGUGAAAGGAAAGGCAGAAUGAGGGUCUACAUCAUCUGUUUAUGCCUGGCAUCCUGGAUGGUGGCAACGUCAUUGGCACAAAACAAAAAGCGAGAUUACAAGAUCUGGGAUGCUAGCUAUGGCAACCUUACUUGCUUUAGCUGCUCGCUGGACUUUCGGUGGACAAAAUUUAACGGCCGUGACCCUUGUCUGGGCCUGUACGAGCCACUAAAUAAGACAAAUCUGGUGCGGUGCGGAGCCAACGAGAUAUUCUGCAAGGAGGAUUUUCUCACCGGUAACGGCAUCCUCUGGACAGUCAGUCGUCAGUGUACCUCCAUCUGUUACGCCGGCUGCCGUCCGAGGGGGUUUGGAAUCACCCAUACCGCGUGUACUCGGUGUUGUACUAAGCACGGGUGUAACGAUCAACCCCCGAGUCAGCUGGGCAGCGGGCAUGGUGGCAGAGGGGAUACUCCGUACACCUAAGGGGAUAUGUUAACGCCUUUAGGGAGUAAACAUAUCCUCCGUCGUUUCGCUACCGUCGCUUCUCCAGCUGAUACAUGUCAGCUAAUUAUUUUGGCUUAUGUAGGUAUAGAUGUUCCUACUUUCGGGCUUCGGCAAUGCUUUACAUCAGUAGCGCUGAGGAACAUAACAUAGACAUGUCGAAGGUUGUAUUGGUGAAGGUCAAGUGGUUAGUUACAUAUUUUUGAGUUCGGUUGAAUAAAACCUAAUCUUAGUUCAAUAAAAUAUGUGUGUAGGUGCACGAGUGAGCAUAUGCAGUGUGUCUGAAUGAGGUAGAGACAUAAUCUAUGUACAUAGGUAGGUAGAUCUUUGUCGUUCGGAGUUUUGCGACAAU